CCCGCGUUCAUCAGCCUGCGGUGGAAAGAGACGCCGGGCGGGGAGAAGAGAGAAGAGAGAAAAGUUGCGUUGCGGGGAGACCGGGGGGAGCGCGGAGAUGUGACCCCUUUUGUCGCAGCCGAGCCGUCCCGUCCACCUGUCAUCCACUGAGAAGCAGCGGAAGGAGCCAGAUUGGGGGGAGGGUGGGACUGCGUCUCUCCGCAGCAGCAGGCCUGGAAGUGAGGAAGCAUCUGUAGCUUUGUGUGGAAGAUUCUACAACAGCAGCGAUGUUCAGCAGGAAAAAGAUUCGAGAGGGAGAGCGAGAAAAAGAGACAGAGCGAGAGAAGAAAACGAGUGUGCCAACACCAGCGCCAUCUCCUGGUGGCGUGAGACCAGCAUCAGGGGCAGAGGAGGGGCAGACCCCUCUUCCUGGAGCCCCGUGUCCCUCAGAGCUCCGAUUGGUGCUGCUGGGGAGGAAGGGGGCGGGGAAAAGCUCUGCGGGAAAUGCCAUCCUGGGCAUCAGCGAGGGGGGCUUCACCGACGGCAGUCCGACGGAGGAAUGCGUGGAGAGGUGGGCGCACGUGGCCGGCAGACGGGUGGUCAUCGUGGACACCCCCGGGUGGGAGUGGUACUACCCUCUCAACGGCACGCCCGAGUGGGUGAAGUGGGAGACAGUGCGGAGUGUGACCCUGUGCCCGCCCGGACCCCACGCCCUGCUGCUGGUGGUCCGGGCCUACGCCUCGGUGGACGGAACCUACCGGAAGGAGAUCCAGGAGCACAUGGAGCUCCUGGGCGAGGCGGUCUGGAAGCACACGCUGGUGCUCUUCACGCAGGGCACCGAUCCGGAGGUCGUGGCGGACAGGAUCGGCGAUGGCGGCGCGGACCUCCGGCUCCUGGUGGAGCGCUGUGGGAACCGGUGGCACGUGCUCCGUAGCACAGCCAGGGGGCGCCACGCCGCCCAGGACGCCCAGCUGCUGCGCAAGGUGGAGGAAAUGGUGGCUGCCAACGGAGGCGCCCCCCUGGAGAUGGAGCCGGUCCGUUUGCGCCUGGAGCAGCAGGGCGGCAGCCGGAGGCCUGGAGAGGAGAGGAGGAGCCAGAGACUACAAGAGGAGAGGAAGCUGAGAGAGUCCCUGCGAGAGAUAUUCACCGGCGAUGGGAGCCAUGUCACCUGGAGAGAGGAGGUACAGGCGCGCUGGCCCACAGGGCGUGGUCGUGGCCUCCCGGACCUACGGCUGGUGCUGCUGGGGGAGCGGGAGACAGGGAAAAGCUUGGCGGGAAACGCCAUCUUGGGAGGGGCUCCGUUCCUGGCCGGCAGGGUUACGGAGGAGUGCACCAGCUCGCAGGGGGAGGUGGCGGGCAGACGGGUCACCGUGGUGGACACGCCCGGCUGGGAGAGCAAGAGGACCCCCGAGAGGGUCCGGCACGAGAUUGGGAGGAGCGUGACACUGUGCCCGCCAGGGCCCCACGCCCUGCUGCUGGUGGUGGGCGUGGACUCGGACGUCACUGUGCAGGCCGCGGCGGAGCACAUGGGGGUGCUGGGUGAGGAGGCCUGGAGGUACGCCCUCAUCCUGUUUACGGGCGGAGACAAGCUGAGGCGUGGCGCCACCAUCCAGCAGCACGUCCACAGUUCGGCCAAAGCCCACCAGCUCGUGGAGAGGUGCGAGGGCAGGUACCACGUCAUCAGCGGCGCGGAGCCGGUGAACACGCAGGUCACAGAGCUGCUGGAGAAGGUGGAGGACCUCGUGGCGGGAAACGGCGGGCAGCCGUUCACGCCGCUGACGCAGGAAAUAAGAGAGCUGAUGGGACAGAAGGAGGAGAGACGGAAGAGUGAGACGGAAACGAAAGCAAAGAAAGAGAGAAGCAGGAUGAGUUUUGAGAGGAAACCCAAGGAAAGGGAAAGAAUGGAGGGGAAGCCGGAGGCGGGGAGGCAGGAACAGGAGGACAGAAGGCAGACAGAGAUGAGGAAGCUCCUAGACAAAAGAGUAAAGGAAAUGAAAGAGAAAAACGACAGAAUCACAGCAAUUCUUGACCAGGAGUACAGGCUUAGAGAGGGGGAUAUGAAGCUAAAGAUGCAAGAGAAAGAGCGGGAGAUCAAAGCCUUGAUGGAGAAGAAUGAAGAAAGAGAAAUUAGAAUACUGACCGCAGAGAGAGAGAUGCACCUUGACCGGAGGAUGUGGGAAAAGAUGCACCAACAGAGCGCAAAAGAAAGGGAGGAGCUGGAGAAAAGUGCUGAGGAAGAAAAGAAGAAGAACAGUGAGCUGAUGGAAAGAACAGCGGCGAUGGAAAAAGAAGCAGACGAGUCGAGAAGGUUAUGCCAGAGUCUUGUUAAAACAGAGGAAGAAUUGAGAAAGAUCAUUCAAAAUAAAACUACAGAAAUGGAGGAGCUGAAUCGACUGAAUGAAGAGAAAAAGACAGAGCUCAACGACCUGGCGAUGGAAUUCCACAAACGUGGAGAGGAGAUGGAGAACCUGGAGGAGAAGAAGAAAGAGAGAGACUUAAUGUUGGAUAAAAUGAAAGAGUUUUAUGAAGAGCAGAGGAUGAAAAGAGAAGCUGAGAUCAAAGCAAACAUGCAGAAGUGUGACCUGGAAAUAGGGGAAUUAAAAUGCAGGAAUCUGGAAAAAAAGACAGAAUUGUGUGACUUGCAUCAAAUGUAUGAGGACAAAGAGAGGGAGGUGGAAGAACUACAGCACACAAUUCAGGUGGCAGAGCAAACCACUGAAGUUCUGAAGCAGGAUUUUGAGAAGAAACAGCGACAGAGAGAAGAGGUGUGGAGAGUGGAAACUGAGAAGAUGAAAAAACAGAUAGAGGAGAUAAAAGAGAUAGAGCAGAAUAGAAAUGGACAAGAGGAAGAGAUUGGAGAGCAGAGGGAAUACUAUGAGAAAUUAAAAAGCAUUCACACAGAAAAUGAGGGGAAACUAAGAGAGCAGGAAAAAGAGAUCAGAAAGAUGGAGUUAGCAUUCAGGAAAAAAGAUAGAGAGAUGGAAAACGUAAAACAGCAAUAUGAAGAGGAACUGAGGAGGAUACAGAUGGAGAUGAAACUAAAGGAUGCAGAGAGAGAGAGGGAGGCAGAGAGAAGCACACAGGCUUUGGCAGAAAGAGAAGCACAACUUAAGCUGAAGGACAGAAGGAUUCCAAAGCUGAUGCAUCAAGCACAAGAAAAUGCAGGGGCAACAGAAAAGAGACUGAAGGAUGAACAGAGGAAGAGAGUGGAGGAGCUGGAGAAGAAAAUCAGGGAGAAGGAGAAGGAGAUAGAAGAGAUGAGAGAGAGGUAUGAACACAGUGAAAGGCAAAGAGAAAAACUAGAGGUCAUGAUUAAGGAGCUAAGGACUGAUACCGCAGAACUGAUGGAGAAAUUUCACAUUGCUGUGGAAGAGAGGGAUGAGAUUAAACAGCAACAUGGAGAGAAAGAACUACAGAGAGAGGAAGAGAUGGAGGGAGUGGUCAGAGAAAAAGACAAGGAGAUAAAAGACAUGAAGAUGGAACUGAAUGAAUUACAGAACAAAAAUGAUGAGAAAGAGAGAGAACUGAGAUGCAUCAUCAAGGAAAAAGAGGAAGAAAUAACAGCUUCUCUGCAAGAAUAUGAGGAAGAGCUAAAGCAGAGGGAAGAGGAAUGGAGAGAUAAACACGAGAAGAUGCAGAAGGAGAUGGAGGGUACAAAAUAUAUGGAUGAAGAGAAAAGGCAGAUGAGAGAGGCAGAGGUAGAGUCAGUCCUGGAGGUGAAAGAAAAGGUGAUUUCUGAAUUAAAACAAAGGUAUGAUGAGCUGGAGAGAAACUUGGUUUGCCUCAGAGAGAGGUAUGAGUCACUGAGCCUGGAGAGAGAUGAGAUAAAAGAAAAGUGUGAGGACUACAGGAAAGAAAAUGAAGAGCACAGAAAGAGGGCUGAGACAAGAGAGAUGGAGAUCAGAGAAAUGGAGCAGAGAAACAACAUGCAGAAGAGCGGUGCUGAAGAAAUAGAUGAAAUAAAUGAGAAGAAAGACAAAGAGAUGGAAUAUAAGAAAGAGCAAUAUGAAGAGGAACUGAGGAGGAUACAGAUGGAGAUGAAACUAAAGGAUGCAGAGAGAGAGAGGGAGGCAGAGAGAAACACACGGGCUUUGUCCGAAAGAGAAGCACAACUUGAGCUGAAGGACAGAAGGAUUUCAGAGCUGAUGCAUCAAGCACAAGAAAAUGCAGGGGCAACAGAAAAGAGACUGAAGGAUGAACAGAGGAAGAGAGUGGAGCUGGCAGAAGAGAAAAUCAGGGAGAAGGAGAAGGAGGUAGAAGAGAUAAGAGAGAGGUAUGAACACAGUGAAAGGCAAACAGCAAAACUAGAGGUCAUAAUUAAGCAGCUAAGGACUGAUACCGCAGACCUGGUGGAGAGAAUUCACAUUAUUGUGAAGGAGAGGGAUGAGAUUAUACAGCAACGUGGAGAGAAAGAACUACAGAGAGAGGAAGAGAUGGAGGGAGUGGUCCAAGAAAAAGACAAGGAGAUAAAAGACAUGAAGAUGGAACUGAAUGAAUUACAGAAGAAACAAUAUGAGAAAGAGAGAGAAGUGGAUGAACUGAGACACAACACUGAAGAAAGGGAGGAGAAAAUAUCAGCUUCUCUGCAGGAAUAUGAGGAAGAGCUAAAGCAGAGGGAAGAGGAAUGGAGAGAUAAAUAUGAGAAGAUGCAGAAGGAGAUGGAGGGUACAAAACAGAUGGAUGAGGAGAAAAGGCAGAUGAGAGAGGCAGAGGUAGAGUCAGUCCUGGAGGUGAAAGAAAAGGUGAUUUCUGAAUUAAAACAAAAGUAUGAUGAGCUGGAGAGAAACUUGGUUUGCCUCAGAGAGAGUUAUGAGGCACUGAGCAUGGAGAGAUAUGGAGCGAUUGAGGAGAUAAAAGAAAAGUGUGAGGACUACAGGAAAGAAAAUGAAGAACUGAGAACAAGGGCCGAGAUGAAUGAGACAAAGAUUGCAGAACUGAGGAUUCAUUAUGAGGAGAUCAGGAGAAAUAUGCAGACAGAAUAUGAGAGGAAACAGAGUGAGCGAGAAACAGGGAUUAGAGAGCUGGAAGGGGCGCUCAGAGAAAAAGACAAAGCAAUGGAACAGAUCAAGAGGGAACGGAAGAGAGAGGGGGAUGAAAUUAGAGGGACAAUCGAGGAAAGAGAUGAAGAGAUACAAAAACUCAGCGAAGACACGUGGAAAGAAAAAUAUGAAAAAAUGGAGAGAGAGACGAAGGACAAGAAACAGAUUCAUGAGGAGAAAUUGAAGGCGAUAGAGACAGAGAUGGAGGUAAAAGAGAGAUGCGUUAAUGAACUGAAAAAGAAGCACGAUUGCAGUGAGAAACGAUUGGUUUCCAUCACAGAGAAGUAUGAAGACAGUCAGGAGCAAGUAGAGGAACUGAAGGGACUGAUCUCUCAAAGAGAGACUGAGUUAGAGGAGAUCAGAAAGAGCUGUAAGGAAUACAAGAAGGAACUAGAAGAGCUGCAAGAGGCCAUUUCUGAAAAAGAGAGGGAAGUUGACGGGAAAAAUCUGAAUUGUCCAGAGGAGUUAAAGAACAAAGAAGGGAUAAUACCAUGGACAGAGGGUGAAGACGAUAACGGGGCAGGGAGAGAUAGACAACUUCUAGAGGAAGGAACAAGAGAGAGGCAAAUGGAGAGUAAACUCAUUCCCCAGCCAAAGGAAAAAGAAUCCAGAGAGAAGGAACUACUUUCUAAAGGAGAAACAAGAAACAGAGAGCAAAAGCUGAUGGUGACUGUUUCAGAGAGGGAGGCUGUGAUUCAGGAAUUUAAAAGGACUUUUGAAAAGAAAGAGCAGGAGAUUAAGGAGCUGGUAAAAACCCAUGAAAUGGAAUUAAACAGGAAAGAGUCUGAAUUUUACCACAAGCUCAAAGGGACCGAGGAUCAGCUCAAAGAGCUACAACUGAGGUACACAGAAAAAGAAAGGAAACUGUUAGACAUGGAAAAAAUGUACAAAAAGGCAAAAAAGGGACCAGUGGAAUUCUGUACAGUGGAUCCGGAAAACGGGGUGGACAACAGAGAGAGAGAAAAAGACAGGAAAGAAACACGCGUGGAAGGGGCAGCAGGGGUGCAAGAAGAGAAGCAGGGGAUGAGGGAAGAUGAUCCUGAUCCCAUUGUGAGUGAAGGACGAGGUUAUGCCCUGAAAGAGGCGAAUGGAGGGCAGGAGGAAGAGCUCCACAAGCCCAAACAGAAGAAAGAGAGACACGGAGCGAGGGAAUGGUCAGAAAGGAAGAAUCUCAAACUUUGCAGCAACAGUGAGAGCCUCAAUGACCUUUUGCCUGAGUUUAUGGACAGACGCUUCCAGAACCGGGUGAAGGAGAUGAGAGGGAGAGGGGAACUGAAUGUGCCUAAACCAUGUCAAAGACUGGACUCCCAUAAACCAGCUGCAGUGAUCGCUGAAGGGAGCCCUGCACAGCCUCCCAGUACAGUUUCCCCAACAUUCCCGCUGUCUCCUCAGUCUCCCAGUCAAAUCCGUACCGCAUUCCCACCAUUCCCAGAGUGUCCCGGUCCAUCUGAGCUCAGGCUCGUCCUGCUGGGAGAGAGCUGGGCCUCCAACAGCUCGGCUGGAAACAGCAUCUUGGGUGGACAGGAGGCCCAGACAGAGAGAGGCACAGUGAGGCGAGGGCAGGCAGCCGGGCGGCGGGUCGCUCUGGUGGAAGUGACAGGGCCCAAGUGGUACCUUGGGGACGGGGCCGCAGGUCACGCCCUGCAGAGGGCAGCUCUGUGCCCCCCAGGGCCCCACGCCUUCCUCCUGGUCGUCCCCGCGUAUCUCUCUUUCACAGCCGGCUACGGCCGGGCGGUCAGGCUCAACAUGGCCGCCUUCGGCACGCGAGUGUGGAGGCACACGCUGGUGCUCUUCACCUGGGCGGAGGCUUUGGGGGAGAGCGUCGAGCAGCACAUUCUGAGGAGCCAGGGCCUCCGCAGGCUGGUGCACAGGUGCGGGAACAGGUACCACGCCCUACACAGCCGGAGGAAUGCCCGUCACGUCUCCCAGCUGCUGGAGAAGGUGGAGGAGAUGGUGGCGUCAAACCGGGGCAGGUUCUACAGCUGCGGGGAAGAGGAGGAAGAGGAGGAAGAGGGGGAAGAGGAGGAGGACGAGGAGGUAGAAGGACGAGCUGAGAGAGAGAAGUGCACAGAGGCAGGCUGGAGAGAAAGGAAGGAAUAGAGUGGGAGAAAAGGGGGAGAAAAGAAAAACAAAGAUGAGGAAGAAACAAACAAGUGCAGGAAGAUUGUGGAGAACCAAACACAAGUGGGGAACCAGAGACCACACUGCUCUUUACAAUGAACUGUUAUUGACACGUGCAACGUGUUAAAAGUUAAAAGGAUCUCAGCUGACUUUAACCUCUUUUUCCCAGACCUGUUUUCAGUACUAUUUAAUAAAGCUGUUCCACUGUGUGGCAACACA